ACCUUGCUACGGUUGGGAUAGAUUCGGGAAAUUUCUCAGUGUUUUUGAAGUUUAAAAGUGAAAGAAAUUCUGCAGGAUGAAGCUGUUUAGUGUCCUUGGUUUUGCUUUUUGUUUGGGAGCAAUCGAAGCACAUCGCUAUCGACCCUACUAUGGAAACUCUGUCUCUGGAUAUCAGGAUUCUCAAAAUCAGUACAGCUCCGAUAGAUACGGUUACAAAGAGCAUGGUUACAAGAAUCCUGUUUACGUCGACUACAAAGAACCGGGUCGUCCUCAACAAACAAGUGGAUCAUCAUCGUACAGCUCAAGUUAUCAGCAACAGGUGAAUAAUGGAGCGUCCCAAAACUACCAUCAGCAAUCAAAUCAGCAGAGCUCCGGAUACCAGCAACAGAUCAAAACUGAAACCGACAAGCAAACGACCAGUCAAUCUGACUACCUCUCCAAUGGAAAAUACCCAAAUCAGCAGUUUUUCGAAACUCUGGAAGGAGCCAGCGAGUGCGAUAGAAAAACUAUCUUCCUGCUGGAGGAGUUCAGCGAUCAGACUAGCUUUCUCCAGGCUCAACUUGAAUGGCUCUCUCCUACACUGAAAGAAAUUGUAUGGAAGAUUCUGGAGGUAGAAUUCGGUGUCCGUGAUUUGAAGUCCCGCUUCGAUAUGCACCGUCAAAGACUGACUCCUCGGCCAACGAAACCAACUACCAGCCAUUCGAAUGAGUAUUCGAACGUUCACGUUACCACAACAACGACCUCGACUACUGCUGCCGCGGACUCAUCAACUGGCUGCCCAAACAACAUCGGCGAAGUGGUGACCCAGUUCCUGCGUGAAAACAUGAUCAACGGAAUCAUCUUCGUCAACGGAAGUACCACGAUCCACUCGGCCGGAGCAGAUUCUCAAACCGGAAGCAGCAGCAGUUCAGUUUCCGGUGACAGCAACUAUCACCAAGUGACUUAUCAGCAGAUUGAUAACACUGUCGGUGGAAGCUACGCUCAACAACAGAGUACCGGUUCAUCCUCGUCAUCCGUUUCCUCAUCAUCCUCAAGCAUCGAUCUGGGCAGUUUGGGCAUUCGAGGAAGUGAGUUCGAAUCGACCGUAUCUGGGUCGGCUUUGGGCGAAGGAUUCGGUGUUGGUGUCGGUUCCGGAACCGGAAAUGGAGGAUCGUACAACGUUACUACUACUAAGGUUACCACAACCGUCCACAACAGCACUGUUGGUGAGAAUCCGUACAACAAUUUAGUGCAGAAAGUUAUUACCUCGAAAACUGGUGAUGCUGUGAAUGAAACGAAAUGAUUUUUUAAUCAAAUGACUGAUAAUUAUGAAUAAAGCCUUUUUAAAUGAUUUCA